AUGUCGAGCGCACAGCAAGUCCAAACCUUCGGCAAGAAGAAGACCGCCACCGCUGUUGCCCUCGCCCGUGUAGGUACCAUCCAGGAGAGACCCAGCAGGACGAUGAACGACGCUGCGGUUCGCUGAUCCUGAUCACCUCGUUCUUGCUUCACGCAUCUCGUAGGAGGGCAAGGGUCUCAUCAAGGUCAACGGUAUCCCCCUUUCGCUCUACGGAUCCCCCAUCCUCCGACCCAAGUUGUACGGUGAGUAGAGAGGGCAGGCUCGGACUCGUCUCGCACGCACCGAAAGCCGUGGAGACUGAGAGUCGCUUUCCGCAAUUCACAGAGCCCCUCCUCCUCCUUACCUCGUUCACCUCGUCGACCAACUCGCUCCCCUCGCCCCUGUCCCGCAUGGACAUCCGCCUCCGUGUCUCCGGUGGUGGACACACCUCGCAGAUCUACGCGCUCCGCCAGGCGAUCGCCAAGGCCGUCGUCGCGUACGUCGCCAAGUACGAGGAUGCCGCUUCGGCCCUCGAGGUGCGCAAGGUGCUCGUCGCCUACGACCGAACGUUGCUCGUCGCCGACCCGAGGAGGUGCGAGCCCAAGAAGUUCGGCGGAAAGGGUGCCCGCGCUCGUUUCCAAAAGUCGUACGUCUCUCAUUUCCCUUGCCGCCGCGUCGGGAUUUGUUCUCCUCUGUCUUUGUAUUGGACGCUGAUCGCAACUUUCCACUCACAACAGGUACCGUUAA